AUGAAUUUGACUGAGGAAGCGAUUGCCAGAUCACAUAUAAGCAAGGUUAUUCAUCGAUAUGCUAGGCUAGCACGAGAGAAUUGUGAUUGGGAUGGAAUUGCGAAGUGCUUUGAAACGGACGGAAUCUAUCGACUCCCUGACCGCCGAAUCCUAUCACCCAGUCAGGCAAGAGAAGUCGUACGAGGCAAGGAAGCAGCAUUUAUCCGUCAUCACUUGACGACGGUUGACAUCGAAUUCACAUCGGAGGAGGAAGCUCACUCUCAAGCUCAGUUCUUUGCAACUACCGAGUAUGAAUUUGCGGAUCAUUGGGGAUAUUGGGAAGACACUUUCCGAAGGCAGAAAGACGGCACAUGGCUGAUUCACGAACGUACGAUCGUGACUGAAGGUCAUCAUCCGGAAGGUUGGUCAGCGAAGGUCUAUGGGGGCGAUGCGCUGAAGAUGGCAGGCGACAAAGGUGGUAAAGAAAAAUAG